CAAGGAGCAGCACGCGAUUUUAGACGUCCUCCCACGACAGGAUGAUAUGGGAAAACACACCAUCAGGAUCCCCAUAGAAGGGGGAGGCCUAACAACGAAAAACAAACAAACAAACAAACAAACUCCUCACGUUAUCAUAUGGAAAGUCUUCAAUAAUAUCGACCUUUAAACGAUUCUAUUGAUAAUGAGCGAAUAUGAAUUACACCCACAAUACGAGUUUGAAAGAGUCUGAUAAUCUGCCUCCAAUAAUUCUAGCAAUUAGAAAAAAAUGGUUAAUUAUGGAAGAGGAACACAUCAUUCCAUGGAGGUAGGAAAAGAUAACUUCUGAAAUAGUUAACAUUAAUUUCUUAGUAUCUCUAAAUCGUAGUAAUAUGUAGUAAGAACACCAAACAAUUGAUUUUUGCGUUUGUUGAAACAGACGUCACUAACUUUGCCUGCACAAAAAUAGCAUACAAUUUUACUGAUAAUAUGUUAAUCCGGAACAUUUGAAAGGAUAAGGUUCACAAUGCUUCGCUUAUCUCAGCCUUGGUUAAAGCGACCAUAUAAAGUGUUGAUAUGACUCAUAAAUCUAAGCCGAUUAUUAGUAAUUUCAUUAUCUAAAACCUGACUGCAUGCAUGUGUGCAUUUGCGCACUAGACGCGUUACGACUGAUCUGGACCGGUUGUGUGCGGCGCCUUCAGUUGCCUGGCUGCCAGCAACCAAUUGUAUUCCGCAUUAAAAAUGUUUGGUCAAUAUGGAACCAGCGCCACAAUGCACCGUGACUUCUGAACGACCAUGAGCUUUACAGCUGGGGCUGUCGACACCAAACGAUUGCGGCCGAUACGUUGAGCUAGCCGAGUGGUCAUCGGACGUGGUCAACAGCUGGUCAAGUCACAUUCCCCUCGCUUGCCAGCAGGAAAAUGACUCUGAUCAGAUGAAUCGGUUUGAUCCUUUCACUCGAUCGGCGCAGGAUACGAGCUGAAAAAAGGGGAGACGAGAUAAUGGAAUGUUGACUUCGUCAUCAUAACACGAAAGGGAAAUAUUUGGUUCGAUGACAGAUUUGUUCAUACGGCGCGGUAGAUCCACUUUGAGUGCAUGAGGGCUCAUGUUGUGUUUUUGCUGUAAAAUUUUGCAGGGGGUGAUUCGCAGCUACUCCGCCAGCGCGCAAGUCUGUGGAAUAUUCUCUUAUACCUGGAUCAGAUUUUGACAACUCGGUGAUUUAUCUGCGCAGGUCUGAGCCUGCGCGUGUCUUCGUCAGAAAGGAAAUUCCACGAGCUUUAAGUCGGACUUGCCUUUUGAUGGAAAAAAAAAAUUGCUGUGGAACAUAUUCGUGUGGGAAAGCUGUACAAGGACUAAACAGAGUUCGACCCUGAGCCAGAAUUUGCAUCAGAAGAACGCAUUCAUUAUUCUGUAGCUAAAGCGCUAACAAAGUAACACUGCAUAAAUCCGCUCACACGGCAGUGCUUACUCUGGUUCCGAAAAAAAAACCAGACAGUCAUGAUGGCAUGCAAUUCUAGGCCUUAAUGCUGUAGCGAAAAGCUAGAGUUGGUGACUUGCCAAAGUAUUUAGGGGUUGCUUCGCCGUCACUGUUUCUUGUGUCUGUGGUCAUCAAGAGGGACGGUGUGGAAGUAUUAAAUAUGUUGAAUCAUUCGAUCAAGCGUUGCUACGGCCCCGAGUGUGAAGACGUGGUGUGUACCGGGCGGUACUGGUGGCUGUUCCUAGCCUCCAGCUUAGUCACCUUGGCCGUUGGCACCGGCCUGGUGUUUUUGGUUCGGUUUAUCACCAGGCUACCCUGCCUGAACCGCCGGCGGCACCACGUGGCAGGGCCCGAUGGGUCGGGCUGCUGCGCCGGCAUCUGCCCCAUAAACUUGCUGGAGAAGAACGCCGAGGCCGAGAUUCACUCCAUAGAAGCGGCUAAGGAUUGGGCCACCAGACUCUUGUCAGCCCAGAGUCGGUUUGGUAGAAUUCUGCUGAUCACCUAUUUUUGCAUCAGUAUGGCAUCCUAUGCAAUUUACGUAAUAGACACCGGCAAACCCAUCGAACGAUGUUUGCCAGCAGAUCGAGGAGACCUAUUGUUUUUUAUCGACAACAUUUUUAACUUCUUCUUUCUUGGUGUGUUUAUAUUCAGGUUCAUCAGCUGGAACGACAAGUUUUGGUUUUGGUUUUCGGUCAAUACGCUGGUUGACAUUUUCACCAUUCCACCAACAUUUGUUUCCCUCAUUAUCUCCAGGACAUGGCUAGGUUUGAGAUGCUUGCGAAUCAUGAUCCUGAUGCAACUGCCCGAGAUCCUGCAACUGCUGAGAGUGUUGCGGACCAGCAAUGGCAUCAAGUUGACCAGUUUGCUGACCAUUGUGGCAGGGGCGUGGCUAACAUCGGCGGGCAUCUAUCACUUGGUUGAGAAUUCAGGAGAUCCAUGGAUUAACUUCAACAACUCCCAGUCCCUGACCUAUGGACAGUGCAUCUACAUCACGGUGGUUACAAUGUCGACAGUGGGCUACGGGGAUCUGACCCCCAAGACCACUUGUGGCACCAUCUUCAUCAUCUUUUUCAUCCUUGGAGUCUUGGCCAUCUUUGCCAGCGCCUUGCCAGAAAUUGUGGAGAUCGUUGGGAAGGGAAACAAGUAUUCUGGUGUCUAUGAACCCGUGAAGGGGAAAAAACACAUCGUUGUCUGUGGCCACAUCACGUACGACAGCGUGUCCAACUUCCUCAAGGAUUUCCUCCACAUAGACCGGGACGUAGUCAACGUGAACAUCGUACUGCUAGACACGACGGACCCUGAUCUGGAGUUGCAAGCACUUUUUAGACGUCACUUUACCAAGAUGAGAUAUUUCCAGGGUUCGGUCUUCAACCCAUCGGACCUGCAAAGAGUUAAGCUGAAUGAAUCUGAUGCCUGUUUGAUCCUGUGCAACAAGUACAGCCCAAGACCUGACACGGAGGAUUCCGGCCAGAUCAUGAGGGUGAUCUCCAUCAAGAACUUCAAUCCAGAGAUGAGGGUCAUCGUGCAGCUCAUCCAAGACCACAGUAAGACCCAUCUGCUGAACAUCCCCAGCUGGAACCAGGCCUAUGGCGAUGACGUCAUCUGCAUCGCCGCUCUCAAGCUGGGCUUCAUUGCUCAGACCUGCCUGGCCCCGGGCUUCUCCACCAUGAUGGCAAACCUGUUCGCCAUGCGUUCCAGCUCUGAGAUACAUGUCAAAGUAGUGAAAGAUGACCCAACAGAACGGGUCGUAGAGACUCAGUCAGUGGUAAAGAAUGCCUCCUCACCGGCUGAGACGUACCUUGAGAGCCCAGAGGGAUGGAUGUCUCAUUACCUUCACGGCUGUGGGAAUGAGAUCUACACAGAAAGUCUGUCUCGAGCGUUUGAUGGCAUGACAGCCCCAGAGAUGGUCAAGGAGUGUUUCAUUAAGCUGAAGCUACUACUGAUUGCUGUACAGCAGAACAACGAGUUUGACGAAACCGAAAUUAUCAUUAACCCAGGUCCUUAUAUCACCAUCAACCAGGGAACAGUUGGGUUCUUCCUGGCUCCAGAUGCAACUGAAGCUAAGAGGGCAUACUACUACUGUCGGGCCUGCCACAGCGAAGGUGUCGAAGUGGAGAAGAUUUGGAAGUGUGAAUGCAAAGAGUGCGAGAGCCUGGACAACAACCAUGCGAAGAAGUACACCCACAAAGAUGGACACAAACUGCUGGCAAUGACCAGGCUAGGUGAUCACCACGAACCAGCCCCUGCAAGGUCACCGAGUGCAGAAUUAGCAGAGUUAAAAAUUCAAGGAGUCAACUUAUCAGAAUCAUCAGAUCAUGAUCGGCCGGCGUAUGAUUUCACUGGUCUCUUUCACUGGACACCAGCCAGGACGGUUGAGGAUGCACUGAUUACAUCAGCACAGAAGCGCCGAUACCUGGUCAACCACAUCAUCGUUUGUCUCUUUGGAGACGAGUCGUCACCUCUGAUUGGUCUGCGGAACUUUGUCAUGCCGCUUAGAGCAAGCAAUUUCAAAUAUGAAGACCUCAGGACCAUCGUGUUCCUAGGCAACAUCAAGUACAUCGAGAGAGAGUGGGAUAAAAUCAUGAAUUUCCCCAAAGUUUUCAUCUAUAAUGGGUCCCCACUAAGUCGUGCUGACAUGUGUAACGUCAACGUACAUCAGAGUGCCAUGUGCGUUAUCCUGUCAGCCAACUUGGGCGAUAGCGUUGAGCAGGGUCUCCAAGACAAGGAGACCAUCCUCUCCUCGCUAAAUCUGAAAUCCAUCAUGGCUGCCGGGGCCCACAGCCGACGCUCCAAGAUCAUCGCGGCCUACGCUGCUGAGUCACCGACCAGACUGAACGGCGGCAGUAUCAAGAGGAGCCUCUCCACUCAAGGCACACCCAAAAUCACCGUACCAAUGAUCACCGAGCUUGUGAAUGAUGUUAAUGUGCAGUUUCUGGAUGACGAUGAUGAAGAUGAUCCAGACACGGAGCUGUAUUUGACCCAGCCAUUUGCUUGUGGCACAGCCUUUGCAGUCAGUGUGCUGGAUUCCCUCAUGAGCGCAACAUACUUCAACGCACAUUCGCUGACGUUGAUCAGGACCAUGAUCACGGGUGGCACCAACGCUGACUUGGAGGAGAUCUUGGCCGAGGGUGGAGAGUUACCCCCAGGAGUGCAGAUCAGCAGGACUCGUCUCAAGGAGCUGUUAAGAGACAGGUGCACGGUAGCUCAGCUCAGCAUUGGAACGGGGGUUUUCCAGCAGUUUAAGGAGGGCGCAGCCUAUGGCUCCUUAUUCCUUCAUGCCUUGGAGAGUGGAAUUCUUUGCCUCGGUAUAUAUCGCAACCUGAUAAUCGCAGGCAAAUCCUCUAGCAAACGCUACGUCAUCACCAACCCACCUCAAGACUUUGAUAUCCUAGCUGGGGACAGGAUCUUCUGUUUGAAACACUUUGAAGACCUGAACAUGAACAAGGAGAUACCAGAGACGGCGCUGAUUGGCUCAGAUCUAUAGUCAACAGAGACGUUGUCAUCCAAUCAAAUGAUAUAGAUUGCCAGAAGCAAAAAUUGUAUUCAGAUAUAACUAUUAAUUCUGUUCUUCAGAUUUGCUCAUAAUCUAAAAAAUUCCUCAUUGCAAUAGCAUAACCAGUGCAACCAACACGUUAAUGAUAUGCUCUUUCAUUAAAUAAUAAAAUUAUACCAAUGUUGUACAUAUAUGUCACACUUUAAGGUGGGUAAUGUAAAGUUGAUGUCAAAUCCUUUUACCAGAAAUAGUCAGAUGUCCCAACGGGAGAAGUCAGUCUUUUUAAGUUUAUUCAUCCACUCUUGAAAAGUUUAUUAUCUGAAGCAUUCACUCAGAGUUUUUAUUGUUUGAGUUUCUUUAUUCACCUUGAUAAUUCAUACCGUUGCCAAAGCAUGCAUGACAAGUUUUGUAGAAAAGCAUUUCAUGCUGAUAAAGUCUUGGAGAUGUCUUCCAAUGUAACAAGGGUCCUGUCAAUGCAAUUGUUGUCUCGUUAGAUGCAUUUUUAAAAUUUACAAUAAUAGAAGGCAUGCAAGUUCUUGGAGCCUUUGCUUUGUUAGGGCUGCUUGUGUAAAUGCAAUUGCCGUAUUCAUAAUGAUUUAUGACAGUUGUUGAUAUUUAUGAUAGCAUGUUUAUGGGAAAUUUAAUUAUUAUUUUCUGGCCAUUAAUUAUAAAACUUUUUUCCAUUCUUCAACUUAUAAACAUUGGUAUAGGUGUCUGUGAAAAUUGCAGUCUUGGUAUCUGUUACCAUGCAGACUAUUUUUGACAUGUCCCAAUGUAGUGUUCCAAAGAAAGCCAGUAUUGAUCGCGAAAAUGACAGAUAAUAAAAGGACUGCUGGAUGAAUUAGCAUAUUCAAAAUGAAUUACUAAAGAACUGGAUCAGCAAUACAACCACUAGAUGACUGAGCUUUUGAGGUGGAGGUUUUAGAAUUGUGAUAUAAAUUAUAUAGCUCAAGAACAAAGUCACCAUACCAUAGUGUAGGUCACAGACACCAAUUUCAACCUGCAUUAUAUGAUAUCACAAUGAAACCCAAGAUAGUAACUAUUCUUAUGUGUAUCAUUUCCCAAACGCAAUUUUAAGUUUACAUAGCACUUUUGUUUGACAUUUUGAAAAAAAUUCUUCGUAUCAUCAUAUGUAAAAAAUACCAAAGUGUUCUAAUGUUAGGAUGUAAAAUAUACAGAAUUCAAAAUUGCAAUAUAAACGUGUCUUCAAAUAGCAGUAUCAUGUACCACGAAAAUAUCAACAGUUCUAAAUUAAAAAUAAUGAAUGGUGUGGAAUGAAAAAUCAUUUUUGAGGAAGUGAUUUGUUUUAAUCAAAAGUAAUAGAAAAACCAUUCUUUUUAGACUAGUAUUUGUUUUACUUUCAUUAUGUAUAUAAUUAUAAAUUAGGUUACAGUGCAUCAAAUAUUUUAGUUAUUUCUAUUAGAUGCACUUUACCCAAUAUCAUUUAUCUAAUGUGUACUUAAUUUUGUUCCCUAAAUUGUUGUAAAUAGAUUAUGUACAGACUUUGAUUAAUGAUUAACAUAAGUCAUUCUGUUUCUGUGCAUUUUUAUAUCUCCAAAAAAUGAAUUUCAACAUUUGCAGGGUAUUCUUGUAAAUAGCUAAAGGCUCUUCUGUACAUAUGACCAAUAUUGUAUGUAUUCAUGCUGGUCUUGUGUGAAUCUUGCAUGGGAUAAUACAGCUUUUUGGUGGUUGUCCGAUAUUAGGGUUGUCCCCUACUGCAAGGCGCUUUUAGCUACAGUCUUAGAUUUGUUUGUAUUAUUUUUUUUUAGUGAGUAACUUAGUAUUUAGUGUGACGUGGACGUGGUAAAUUUUUGUAAUUUUGUUAAGCACAUAUGAGUCAGAUUUGAGUUGUAAUCAGCCAAAUAAAGCAGCGACUGUUGCUGUCGUUCACUAUUCUUCUUUUUUUCCCCAA